AAGAGUCGUUCACUCUCCAGUUCCUCUGGCUAUUCAAUGCUCGAAAGUCGACGCCAUUUGAUGGAUUUGGAUGAAGGUGAACUAUUCAUGGAAUUGAUACGUGAUGUGGCCAAUGAAUUGGACAUUGAUGUUCUGUGUCAUAAAAUACUGGUGAAUGUGGGUUUGCUCACCCAUGCGGAUCGUGGCUCCUUAUUUCUCGCCAAAGGACCGCCCAAUAAUAGAUAUCUGGUAGCAAAGCUAUUCGAUGUAACACAGAAAACAGCACUCAAGGAUGCAGUGAAGAAGGCGAAAUUGGAAGAAAUAAUUAUACCAUUUGGCGUUGGCAUUGCCGGUACUGUGGCACAAACGAAGGAAAUGAUAAACAUUAAAGAGGCUUACAAGGAUGCACGCUUCAAUUGUGAAAUUGACUUAAAGACUGGCUAUAAGACGAAUACCAUUUUAUCGAUGCCCAUUUGCAACUACGAGGGUGAUAUUAUAGGCGUGGCACAAAUUAUUAACAAAACCAAUGGCUCUAUGGAGUUUGAUGAACAUGAUGUCGAAAUAUUUCGACGUUAUUUGACUUUUUGUGGUAUUGGCAUACAGAAUGCACAACUUUUUGAAAUGUCCGUCCAGGAAUAUCGUCGGAAUCAGAUACUCUUGAAUUUGGCGCGUAGCAUAUUUGAGGAGCAGAAUAAUCUUGAAUGUUUGGUAACCAAAAUAAUGACGGAAGCACGUGAAUUACUUAAAUGUGAACGUUGCUCUGUGUUUUUGGUGGAUCUCGAUUGCUGUGAAGCAAGUCAUUUGGAAAAAAUUAUAGAAAAACCAAAUCAAAAUGACAGAAAGAUUAAUCGUGCCAUACUAAGCAGUGAAAGCUUCGAUGAUAAGAAAUCUCGCAUACGUUUUACUGUACUCUUUGAAUUGGGUGUCGAUCAUCAAUCUGCAAAUAUUUCGCGACCCUCUAUGAAUGAUCUAAACAACUCCACUUUGGCACAAAUUGCUCAGUUUGUGGCAACGACUGGACAAACCGUAAAUAUCAACGAUGUACGUGAAUGGGUACGGGAACAUAAUCAGAUCCGCACUGAAAAUGAAAUUGAUUGCACGAAGGCAAUACUCUGUAUGCCCAUAGUUAACGCUCAAAAGACAGUUAUAGGCGUGGCACAAUUAAUAAAUAAGGGUAAUAAUUUACCAUUUACUGAAUCGGAUGCAUCAAUAUUUGAAGCAUUUGCCAUAUUUUGUGGUCUUGGCAUACACAACACGCAGAUGUAUGAAAACGCUUGUAAGUUGAUGGCCAAACAGAAAGUGGCACUAGAAUGUUUGUCAUAUCAUGCAACAGCCGGUCAAGACCAAACCGACAAAUUGACACAGGAUGCCAUUCAAUCAGCGGAAACUUAUAAUUUAUAUAGUUUUAAAUUCAUUGAUUUUGAUUUAUGCGAUGAUGACACUAGUCGUGCUGUCCUGCGUAUGUUUUUGCAAUGCAAUCUUGUGGCUCAAUUUCAAAUUCCUUAUGAUGUGCUUUGUCGUUGGGUUUUGAGUGUGCGAAAAAAUUACCGUCCUGUUAAGUAUCAUAAUUGGCGUCAUGCAUUGAAUGUUGCUCAAACGAUGUUUGCCAUGUUGAAGACAGGAAAAAUGGAACGUUUUAUGACUGAUUUAGAAAUAUUAGGCUUACUUGUGGCUUGUCUCUGCCAUGACCUGGAUCAUCGUGGCACAAACAAUGCUUUUCAAACUAAAACUGAAUCACCACUUGCCAUACUUUAUACCACAAGUACAAUGGAGCACCAUCAUUUUGAUCAGUGCGUAAUGAUUUUGAACUCUGAAGGAAACAAUAUCUUUCAGGCAUUAUCACCAGAUGACUAUCGUAGAGUCAUGAAAAUUGUUGAGAGUGCUAUAUUAUCUACUGAUUUGGCCAUGUACUUCAAGAAACGUAACUCAUUUUUGGAACUUGUUGAGAAUGGCGAAUUUGACUGGCAAAGUGAGGAAAAGAAAGAUUUACUUUGUGGCAUGAUGAUGACAGCUUGUGAUGUCAGCGCCAUUGCCAAGCCAUGGGAAGUACAACAUCGUGUAGCUAAAUUAGUCGCAGAUGAAUUUUUUGAUCAAGGAGAUUUGGAAAAGUUACAACUUAACACACAGCCUGUAGCUAUGAUGGAUAGAGAACGUAAAGACGAACUACCUAAAAUGCAAGUUGGGUUCAUUGAUGUCAUAUGUUUACCUCUGUAUCGCGUCUUAUGUGAUACUUUUCCUUGGAUUACUCCACUCUAUGAAGGCACUUUGGAAAAUCGACGUAAUUGGCAAGAUUUAGCUGAAAAAGUUGAAAUGGGAUUAACUUGGAUUGAUCAUGAUACUAUUGAUAAGCCAGUAGAAGAAUUUGCAGCUUGUGCUGAUGAGGAAAUCAAGGAUAUUGAAUUUACUGUUACCACAUUAAAUUGCCACCAGCAACAGCAUAGUGAUGAUACAACACCAGAACAUCAUCGCGGUGGCUCAAGAUUAAGUAUUAAAAAAACUGGAGCAUUAGGCAAAGUUGUGCGUUCCAAACUAACCAAAAGUCUCUACAAUAGUAUGGAUGGAGUAAAACCGAAAACAUCACUUAAAUUACUUGAAUCACAUGUAAGUGAAGAUUUGGAAGACAAAAGUCCAACAAGUCCAUCACAGGCGGUUGCUGGCAGUGGUCAUAUGUCGACAUCAUCUUCAACAUCUUCAGCUGGGAUUGUUGAUAAGACAAAGAAACGUUCCAAAUUAUGUGCGCUUUUGUGACGAAAGUCGUCCAAUUAGAAUAUGGCGACUUCUACUGGCAAUUGCAAUACAACCAACAACACAAACAGUAACAAUAAAGCCAGUGGAGGGACGACAGAUAUCUAAUUGGAAUUAAAUUAUAGCUAAUUUUCAAAAAUACAUUUUUGAUUAUAUACAAUAUAUAGCAAAAUUUUUGUAUAAUAAAAUAUUCGCUUAAAACCAUGAAGAGGCUAAGUGAAGAAAAAAUAUAGUCAAAUUCUCUUGUUGUACAACACUUAAAAUCUUUAACAAUAUCAUUUGUUUUAGAACGUUAAGUAUAAUUGACGUAAAUGACGUUGCAAUAGUUAAUUAAAUUGUAGAAUUCAUACUAAUGAUAAUUAAGUAAAUGUCAAAAUAUGUGAUCUACUUAAGGUCGUCAGGGUUCACUAUUGUGUACUAAUACAUAAACCUAUGAUGAGAAAAGAACUUACUUCUACUUAGUUUAAGUAUUUAUAUAUAUAUAGUUUGUAGUUAAUAUAUGUCAAUAGCACUUAAAUAAAUUAAAGUUACUAUUUUCCUAAUUAAACAAUACCAA